UUUCCCAUUCAGCCGACGUCCUCGUUCGUUUUAAAAGAGGGGAAGCCAUUCCGGGCAUUUCACCGGAGAAUCACUGAUCGACCAGGCAAUCAAGCAGCUCAACAGCCAUUUCGAGAAGGAGGGAACACAAAAAGAGCUCCCCCCCGUUGCCACUUCCAAGCGACAGCUCAGGUGUGGAGUUUUAGUUGACCUACUCCCAAACAGGGGCGUGCCAUUGAAGAGAGUUUGAGCCGCGAGCGAUGGCCGGAGACGAGGGAAAGAAGGUGAACGGGGACGAGGGGAGGUCGGAGCAAAUCGAGGGAGAGCUCGUCCAACAAAUCAGGAGGAGCGAUGGCUUGGUACAUGAUCACGCUUUAUGUUGUGUACCCAUUUCACCAAGCACGAUUGUCAACUGCUCACCUCUUUCUCUCUUGUUUUUCCCGUUUAAUUGCACGUGAAUUCUUGAAGGUGAACAAGACAAUUACCCCAGUUCUUUUGGCAUUUUGCUCCCCUCUUGAUAGAAGCUCUUCGCUGCAAUGUUAAUGAAGGAAAAACCAGCUUUUGGCAACUUAGACAGCAGAUUUUAAUUGCCAUUAUGCAGUCAAUUGUAAUGAGAAACAUUGUCGUGACCCUUCUCUCUGCAUCUACAUUGUCAUUGGAGCGCUGGGAAAAAAAUAUAUUCAAAUCAUUAUGCGUUUCCCUUGUCCUGUGUAGGUAAAGCAUUCCAUGCCGUUCGUCAACCCUUGCGAAGUCCCGCGCGUGUGGGGCACCACGUCGUACAACCUGGCCUCCGAGGAAGAGACGGCAGCGGCUUAUGUGUACAAGAUGGACAAGACGUGGCUGACGGCAGAUCAGGUGAGGGUGGAGAUCCGGUGGGGCUAUGCCUUGUGGGUGAUCGGCCAUGGAGACGAGCCCGUCGAGGUGGAGUUGCCGAGGAACAGUGAGAUGAUGGUGAGAGAGGCCACGGCUUCUAUGAGCCCGGGUGGCGUGCUCACCAUCGUGAUUCCGAAGAGGCAGCGGCCUCGGAAGUGGUACGAGUUCACGGACUUGGUGUUUUCAUGGUUCGAAACGGUUCAUGUUGGGAUCUCCAGUUAAAUUGGCUUUAGCAAAGUGUCUUAGCAUUGCGAGUAUUCGAACUAUUCCUCAUUAUGCCUCAUGGUACCCGAACUUCGCUUUUCUGAAAUAAGUACUGCCUUAGAAUCGAUUUAACAUGAUAUUGCUAGCAUUAAUGUGAGAUUUUGUCGGACCACUUCCAUUUGUUUUAAAAGUUUAAGCCGUU